ACCCUCAAAUACCACCACGGCAAUCUCCUCACCGGCAAUCUCACGGUUCACCUCAUCUGGUACGGCCAUUUCACCCCUUCCCAACGCUCCAUCAUCUCCGACUUCUUUCUCUCCCUCUCCCCUCCCUCCCCCCUCCCUUCCGCCUCCCUCCGCCACCUCGCCUCCCUCCCCCGCCCCUCCCCUUCCUCCCUCUCUGUACUCCUCACCUCCUCCGACGUCGCCGUCGCAGGUUUCUGCACCUCCCGUCGGCGCCGCCGGAAUGGUGAUUAAUCUGGCCACGUUGCUGGCCGGAGCGGUGACGAAUCCGGACGGAAAGGGGUAUUUUCAGGGUCCGGCGGCGGCGCCUCUGGAGGCCGUGUCGGCGUGCACCGGGAUUUUUGGAAGUGGGGCGUACCCGGGAUUUCCUGGGAAGGUACUCGUGGACCCCACCAGCGGGGCCAGCUACAACGCGGGGGGAGUGAACGGAAGGAAGUAUCUGCUGCCGGCGAUGUGGGACCCAAAGACUUCGCUGUGCGCGACGCUCGUAUAGGAAAAAAGUUACAUGCCAGAGUUCACGUCCAGACUUCAUAUCUUCAUGCGUGACAUAUAUAAGCAUGAUUUAAAUAUAAGUAGAGUUCAAGCAGGAUAUAAUUUGAGUACUGAUUAUAUUUUGUUUGUAUUCUGCUUAUAUUCAGACCUUAUUUUUAUAUGUCACGUGACACAAUAUUAUUGGAGUCUUAAUAUAACACUGAUGAUUUGUGCAUGCAUGUGCUUAAAGAGCGAGCAGAAGACGGACGAGGAGAGGGACAAGAGAGCGUGGCGAGAUAUAUGAACAAUUGUCUCUACAUGGAUUAUUCAUGCAUAAUAAUUUCUGUAAUUAGAGAUGAAAGUUUGUGUGCACAAUAUAUACUUGAUAUGGUGUUUCAUUAAUAAUUUGUAAUAAUCUUUUUUUUAGCAUGCAAAUGAAAAAGAUAUUGUCAG